AUGCGGCAGCUCCUUUUGCUGCUGGUUUUCGCCAGCCUCGGGGUCGCCGUCAAAAAUGUGACAUGCGCGAUCAACGGGCCGAGCUUCUACUGGCCAGGGAAUGGCUGCUAUCCGGGUCCCGAAGAGAAUAGUCGACUCCCGAAUUCGAUCAUGUUCAGGGAGCAGUUUGGGGAAUAUCACGUAUAUUACGUCUGCCCAACCCUCGGCCACCACGUCUGCAAAACGGCCGCCGAUCAAUUCGGGUGCUACCCGCUGGCCGAGCAUGACGUCGAACAUCCAUGUACCUGCACGUCCAAGAGCGCCCCGUCGAUUAUGAUGUCCGAGGAGUACUACAAGUUGUGGGCGGCCAGCUACAGCGGCGAAUGCGGCAAGGAGCAGCAUCGUUUGGAGGGUGUCGGCUCGCUGGAGCUUCGUCGUCCAAAGACGGUCUACUGCGACGUGACGGGCGGUCCCUAUCAUCCGGGAUGGGGGACGUGCAAGAAAUCGAUGACCAGACCGGCCCUCGACCAGAUGACGAGCAAUGAAGCGGAUUGGGGCAUCGCAUUCCGAGAGGAUAUCACCCAGAAGGAUGGCAGCAUGGCCAUCGUCACAUAUGUCUGCGAGCGAGACGCUGUCUUCUGCUCGGAGGGUGCCGACGGUACCUCACCUUGGACGGCGACCGCCCCGGGACAGCUCGGCGACAAAAUGGGAUGCUGGAAGAAUGUGAAGAAGCCGACGCCGUACUCGUCCGGAAUUUGUGAAAACCUGGACGACGCGGCGACGACAGGGCUCUGGCCGCAGUUGGCUUACCCGGUCUCCCGAGACUUCAAGCGCCUCAUCGAUUCUCGCGACGGUCGCCUCGGCUAUGGUGUACUCUUCCCGCGUGGACCGAACGACUACAAGGAAUUCCAGCCGUUUUACGCGGACAUCGUCUGCAGUAUCACAGCCCGCCCGUGGCACCCCGAGCAUAAGUGCAGUGCGAUGCAGUUUGAGCCCCGGCGGACGAACGAUCAAAUCGCCUUCUACGAGAAUGUGCUCGACACCGAUGGGUACGGCUGGACACGCAUCGCCUACGCAUGCGGCCCGCUGCAUUCGUUCUGCGGCGGCCCGAAGACGCCGCCAGAAAUUGAACCCGGCUGCUGGGCGGGGGUGGCGCGGCCGUACUCGUCGGCUGAAUGCAGUUACUACGGGAUGAUAUCGUCUAUGAAGGCCCCGAUGAGCAUCAGCCUGAAGAUGCUGUUGGAGUAUUACGACAAGGAGGGAAAGUUGGCCCUGGGUGAGCAGCGUGUCUUCACCAGGCCUGCGAAUUUCACGUAUCCGGAGCUGUGGACGACGACCACGACGACAACUACGCCAACGACGACGACCCCCUCGACCCCCUCGACCCCUAGCUGGUCUCGUCCCGAGUACAUCGGCCCGCCCACCUAUCCGCCAGUCGUUUACCUCGUCCAUGAUGACUAUGACCAUGUUGAUGAUGAUGAGAGCCCUGUCGGGACCCUGAUCGCCAUCUGCGUCAGCUUGUUGUUGUGCUGCUGCGCGAUCUUCUGCAUCUGCAAGUGUUGCUGGGCCAUCACCUGUGACGUCAUCUCCAAACCCUGGCACCCAGACCACGGUGGAUGCGUCGAGGUGAAGCGUGAGAUAGGCAUCGAAGACUUGGGCAUCGCCUUCCACGAGAACGUCACCAACAAGGAUGGCGGGUGGACAUACGUCACCUACGCUUGCCGUGAAUCGCCGUACCCGGAUGCGGUGAUCUUUUGUGGUGGGCCUCCGGCGCCGCCGAGGCGAGCCGUCCCGAAGACGCCCGGCUGCUGGUCGAGGACGUUGAGGGAUGACCCUCAACAUUCCGCUGUAUGCGAAGCCGACGACGGCCCGCAGACGUGGCGUCCGCAGGGCCAGAGCGGCACCUCCAGCUAUCCAAGACAGCAGCAGCCGCCGAUGAUGCAGCAGCAGCCCCAGAUGACGUAUCCGAUGCCCAACCCAAACGAUGUGGGAUCUGAUGAAGUGAACACGUUCUCUGAGAUUACGCAAUACUACGGACUACAGAUGCUCAAAAGUCCUAUGCCCUUGCGAAACACGCAAUUUUGCCAGGAUAGGGGCACAAAAAUCUGGUCGGCCACCACGCCGUACGUCAUCGAGAAGCUGCUCGGCGAGGGCGGCUUCGGGGCGGACAAGGUUCACGUCGCCGGCGACCCGUCCCUCACUUACGCCAUGAAAAUUGAGCAGCGCCGCCGGCCCGGCAAGGAGCUCAAGCUGAAGAUGGAGCUGAAAAUCCUGCUUGCCGCCGGCGAUAGUGACCGUCGCUGUCUCCACUUUACAAAACUCAUCGACCGGGGCAGUCGACCGGAAUUCGUCUUUAUGGUAAUGGAACUCGUCGGUAAGUCGGUGAAGGACGUGCAGCGUGAGCGUCGCGGCAAGGUGUUCACCAUCUCCACGGCCUGCCAAGUCGCCGAGCAGACGCUUGAAGCCCUCGAAGACAUGCAUGCACUCCGGAUAUCCAUCGCGACAUCAAGCCGUCCAACC